GGUGAGGUUAGGCUGGUGAAGUAGUAUAUGUGUCUGGUGUGUGCGUAAAAGCACCAAAAGUGCAAAUUUGUCCCCAGACUUUUGUCCAUGAUUGUAGUUGUAUUACUCUCCAUACAGGUUGUAAGCACAGUUUCACUAAUAACUGAGGGCUACUUGCCUGAAGAUGGUAGUGGUCACAUUAUAGCAAUACAGCAUUUGCCAGAUGUGGACUCAGUAUGUGCAGCGAUUGAUAAAGGAGAUGUAAUUCUUUGGAAUACAUUAACUGAUCAGAUUGAAUGUGUUGGUAGUGUGGACAGUGGAUUGAGAUGUAUGGCAUGGAGUCCAGACCAAGAACUUGUAGUUUUCAUGACAGGGGAAGAAACAGUGAUCAUGAUGACAAAGGAUUUUGAUCCCAUUUUGGAGUUUCCUUGCCACUCUGAGGAGUUUGGUGAAGAGAAGCCAAUUACAGUUGGCUGGGGAAAGAAAGAAACCCAGUUUCAUGGCUCAGUAGGCAAACCAACAGCUGUUAAUGUGCAAGAAAUCAUUGCAAGACCUGCAGCUAGCUGGGAUGACAAGGUGCCAAGGAUAAGUUGGCGUGGUGAUGGACAGUUUUUUGUUGUUAGUACAAUCCAUCCUCAAACUGGUGCACGAACAUUGCGGGUGUGGAGCAGAGAAGGGGUGCUCAGUUCUACCAGUGAAAAUGUUGAUGGCUUGGAGCAGGCUUUAUUCUGGAAGCCAUCUGGUAGCUUAAUAGCUUCAACCCAGCGUAAGCCACAUAGACACGAAGUGGUUUUCUUUGAGAGGAAUGGGCUUAGACAUGGAGAGUUUAUACUGCCCUUUGGCAAGAUGGAAACAAAAGUAGUGGAAGUGGCAUGGAAUAGUGAUUCAUGUGUGCUAGCUUUGUGGGCUGAAGAGUUACCAAGCCAAGAAAUACCACAGUCACAAGAAUUUCUCCCAAAGUCUUAUGUUCAGUUGUGGUCUGUUAACAACUACCACUGGUAUCUCAAGCAACAGAUGGAAUUCCCAGCAUCGCUGAAAAACAGAGUGGCAUGUUUCAUUUGGGAUCCUGAAGUCCCCUUGAGGCUCCACAUUAUGACAAGAGGAGGUCAUUACUUCUACUAUGAAUGGUUUUGGAGCACAGUUCACAGUGAAGGGAUUAGUGAGUCCAACAUGUCUACAGUUGCAGUAAUAGAUGGAGCUAAGUUGCUGCUAACUCCAAUGAAGCAUAUGGUUGUGCCUCCACCAAUGUCAGCAUAUGCUGUAGAGCUGCCGUCACCUGCCUCUUGUGUCAGUUUUUCUCCCGCACCCUGCUGUGGUGACAUAGCAGUUUUGCUGUCCAGUGGAAGAAUAGCAUUGUUCAAAUUGCUGGCAGAGAAUGGCAUCAAGGAAGAAUUCAAGCCACCUGGGAAGCCACCAAAACUUGUUGGUAUUUACAGCAUAGACACCACGGAUCAUCCAUCAGUCUGGACAGGCCCCUUAAGUUGGCGUCAGUUGAUCUGGUGGAGGCAGAACACCCUUAUCGCAGUUGGGUGGGACACCAUGACUCAGAGAGACAUUCUUUGUGAAAUCGAAAUUUUGACAGAAAAUGAUAACAGCAGAAUUGUCAUCAGGCACAAAACAGAAACAGACCAGCCAGUACUUCGCUUGUGUCUCAGCCGUCACUCUGAAUCUGUAGUUGUGGAACUCCUGGAUGGAAACUUAUUAAGAUACACCUCAGAUACAAACCAAGCUACUUUCUCUCCAUGGACAUCUAGUCGUGGAGGCGAAGUUUCCCUCCCUCAGCCCUGCCAGUGUUUGAAGACAGCUUUAGUGGGAAAUGAGGAAGUUGUGAUAGGCCUUACAGAGCACUCAAGAUUAUAUGUUAAUGACAAAGAGGUGUCUUCAAAUUGUACUUCCUUUGCAGUACAUGACGAAUUCCUUCUUUUAACGACGCAUGCGCACACGCUGCGUUGUAUCAGCCUCUUACCAACUACUCGAGGCUUACCAGUUUUAGUUGAGAACAAACCACACCCGUUAGAUGAAAAUAUAAGACGUGUCGAGAGAGGGUCUCGAAUUGUCGUGGCUGUUACACAAGAUACGAAAAUCGUACUACAGAUGCCUCGUGGGAAUUUAGAGACUAUUCAUCCCCGAUCUCUGGUGUUGUCCUAUUUGCAAAAAUGUUUAAAUGGUUUAAAUUAUCGAGAUGCCUUUUUAGCCAUGCGACGGCAUCGGAUCAACCUUAAUUUAAUACACGACCAUAACUCUAAGCUCUUCCUGGAUAACCUGGAGUCAUUCAUAAACCAAGUGGAAUCUGUUAACUUCAUCAAUCUCUUCCUUACAGAUCUCAAAGAGGAUGACGUGACUGUCACGAUGUAUGCUGAUUAUUACUCAGAACCGAGACAAUCAUCAGCGGUAUCUGCUACAGACAGCAGUAAAGUUGAUCGAGUUUGUGAAGCCUUGCGAACCGCGUUAGAUGCUGCUGGCCAUAACAAAUAUCUUCUUUCCAUCUUAACCACGUACGUGAAGAAGAACAACCCAGCGCUAGAGAAAGUUUUGACCAUCAUGAAGGAUUUGAAAGCGAAUCCUUUAAACACAACUGAACCUGGAUCUGUUACGUCAGAGGAAGCCCUUAAAUACGUUCUCUUUUUGGUAGAUGUCAAUCAAAUGUAUGACGUAGCGCUAGGAAUGUACGAUUUUGAGUUGGUGCUCAUGGUCGCUGAAAAAUCACAAAAGGAUCCAAAGGAAUAUCUGCCAUUUCUAAACAACCUACGGAAAAUGGAGACGAAUUUCCAGCGAUACUCCAUAGACAAGUACCUGAAACGUUAUAGCAAAGCUAUUCAACACCUGAGUUUAUGCAGCCCUGAACAUUUCGAAGAGCUUGUUUCAAUUGUGAAAGAAAACUGUUUAUUCAAAGAGGCGCUGAAGCUCUACCCACAAUCCAGUGAACAGCACAGAGAGCUGUCAAUUGCCUAUGGCGAGCACCUUGUUUCAAACAAGAGAUACGAGGAAGCUGGUUUAGUAUUUACCCGUUCUGGAGCCCACGAACAAGCGUUGUCCUCAUUCCAGAAGAGCGGAAACUGGAGACAAGUGUUUUGUAUGGCUUCUCUCCUGCAUUACACAGGCGAACAAGUGAUUUCAUUGGCUAGAACUGUGGCAGGUUAUUUGCAAGGACACAAGCGUCCUCUUGAAGCCUCUAGGGUCUUGGAAGAAUACGCCAAGGACCCCGAGGAGGCGAUAGCUGCUCUUAUAGACGGAAUGCAGUGGGAAGAAGCGUUGAGAUUGAUGUAUAAACACGAGCGCACAGAUAUUGUGGAGACGCAUCUGAGAGGCGCGUUAGAGGAAGCAUUCAACAAUAACAUGAGCACGAUAGAAGAUCAGAAGGGAUUAUAUGAUAAAUAUACCAAGCGGCUUCAAGUUGUCAGGGAUAUAAAAGAGCGCCAAAAUGUAGAGUUUCAAGAGAGUGGCCUGGCACGAGACGAUACAGACCUAUACUCCGAUACGAGUAGUGUGGGAAACAACUCCGAAUAUGGAACUAGCACCAGUUCACGUGGGACGAGAUCAACCGGGAGAUCCUCCAAAAAUCGUCGUAAAACUGUACGGAAGAUGUACAGCCUGAAAGAGGGAAGCAAGUUCGAGGACUUUGCUUUAAUGGAGGCACUUUCUGACAUCACUCAAGCUGUGAGCAAGUCAACUGACGAUGUAGCGGCAUUGCUUAAGAUGUUGGUGUUGUUCGAUCACGAGGAACAAGCUGCCCUUCUUCAGACCAACUUUCAACAACUUAUCGCAACGAUCGAGACGUCAAUAGCCAUUGUAUGGCCUCCUGAGGAGACCUCUAGCAACGUGAAUCACGUCUCACAGGUGAUGGGCCCAGGAGCGACUGUUAACAGCAUCAUUGCAGCUAUGAGGAGCGACCAAAGUACUACAUCAAAUAAAACUAAAGAUGAACCAGAAAGACCAAAACCUCCAAAUGUUAAGAUAGCGACGAACUGGAAACUGGAACAACUCCAGUGACAAUGAACAACUUUUCAAGCCACUCGACCAGGUCAAACUCAAAGAUUAAUCCAUCCAAUUUACAUGGUUUGCGCAAAUUGGCUUUUGCCCAAGGUGACCUGAUAGCAUAUGCAAUUAUUGAGACAACGCUGGCUUCUUCAGGGAGUGGUGAAAAAUAGCAGGAACUUGGGAGGCGCAAAAGCAGGAGAGAAGAAAAAGAAUUUCAAGCGGAGAAACGCGAGAGGUAAAAAUCCAGCGCGGGAACUGGGGCGUGCGGAAAAGAGCGGGAAAACAAGACUGUCACGCAACGAAAAUGUUAAGAAGUGUCACUUUAAUAGAGGGCCUUUUAAGGCAGGCGUGGACUACAACAGAUUCAGCACGUAAAGAAUGCUGGACCUUACGUUGACGUUGAAUGACCGACGUGUUGAAAUUGGUUGGUAGUCGUGCAAUAAACGUCAUUGAAUAAAUAGAUCAAUAUAUGAAGACUUUUACCCUGAUACAUAGUUUUAAUGUAAAUUAGUAAUUUGGAAACUCUUUUGCUUGAGUAGCGCCAUCAGCUCUGGAUUGGGUUCUGGCCAAGUUCUUUAAUCAGCAGUUGGUCUCCUGGAAACAAGAUUGGUAUAACUUUGAAACUCAUGCCUGAUUAGAGGAAGGCCGAGGAUUUUUGCUCACUAAGAAGUUUCCUGUUUCACCUGGGGGAUGUCCACAUUACCUGCUAGUUUACCUGUAAAUAAAACUGAGUACCAAAAAUAAAUUAAAUUCCCCUGUUCACUUUGA